AUGGACGGUUUUGCCUUUGCCAAAGACAAUGAUAUCAGCCAAAAUUCUACCCUCGACAUCGUGGGUGAGUCUUGUGCAGGUAAUCCAUAUGACGGUGAACUACAGCCCAAUCAAGGUGUACGGAUUUUCACAGGGGCAGUUGUACCAAGCACUUGCGACACCGUGGUGAUGCAAGAAAAUACCAAUUUUAGCGAUAUUCAAGCCACUUUGGAUAAAUCAAAACCGUAUCAAAUUACGCUUGCCACCACCGCUAGCAUCGGCGCAAACAUCCGUAAGCAGGGCGAAGAAGUACAAACAGGCGAAACCGUUCUGACCACAGGUAAACGCCUAAAUCCAACCGAUAUUAGCCUACUUGCAAAUCUUGGUGUGGCACAGAUAAAAGUCGCCAAGCCUUUAACCGUUGGUAUCAUCGCCACAGGGGAUGAACUGGUGCAAUUAGGCGAGCCGUUACAGCAUUUGGCACAGAUUUAUAACUCGAACACGCCAACGCUCAAGACCUUGCUUAAAGAUUUACCCAUUAGCAUCAAAGAUUAUGGCAUUGUGCCUGAUUCGCUAGAUGCCACUCGCCAAACCGUUAAAAAUGCCAUUGCUGACUGUGAUGUGAUUAUCUCAAGUGCUGGGGUUUCGGUGGGCGAUUAUGAUUUUCUCACGACCGUGAUUGAUGAUUUGGGAAAAAUCAACCAUUAUAAAGUCGCAAUGAAACCCGGUAAGCCGUUUGUCUUUGGUGAAUUUGGGGGUGAGUUUGCAGAAGAUAACAAACAAGUAUUAUAUUUUGGUUUACCUGGUAACCCACUAUCCACGGUCGUUGGUUGUUUGCAAUUUAUCAAACCUGCAUUAUGGCGAUUAUCAGGCGUCGUAGAAAACGACAUCCCAAUGCAGUUGAGAUUGUCUGCUAACACCACGCACGACAUCAAAAAACAAGCAGGGCGACAAGACUACCAACGUGCCAGUUUUGUGCAAAAUGAAGAUGGUAGUUUUAGCGUCACCCCGCUAUCCGCUCAAGAUUCGCACCGUGUCAAACAGCUGUCACAAGCCAAUUGUUUGCUUGUUUUGCCUAAAGACAAUGCGGGGGUGAAAGCAGGAGAAAGUGUUGUUAUUGAACCAUUUGCAUGGAAUUUUUAG